AGAGAACAUACCCUAACACACACAUACAUAUACACACAGUUGUACAGACAGUUGUGUCAAACAUCUAUACACACACACAGAGAGUAUGAGUGUGUGUUUAUAUACAGUACUAAUAAACCAUUUGAAUGAAACACACAAUUACUUUGACUAACUAUAAUGCCGUGUCUAACAUAACACAACACUUUAGACACACACCUAAUAAUCAAAACCUAACCAUCGCUUCAAUCAUAUUAUUUUUGACACAUCGUUGACAUCGACAUCGACAACGACGACAACCGGCCACACAAUAGCUGAUCCGUCGUACAGACAACUACUUCGCAACUCUGCCGCCACUGACGACGUCCACGAAGAAGACCAAAGUCGUCAUAUCAUCAGUGAGUGGACAGACAACUGACACAUACAAUGGCCGGCAGUAGUAGCGGUAGUGGCGGUGGCGGUAAUCAGGAACGGUAUGUCCUACAGGUAUACGUCGGUUCACUGUCGCGACUGUACGAAGCCCUGAGUAUUGAGGCCUCGAAGACAACGACUGCCGAAGAAAUUGUCGACUGUAUUGCCGAAAAACUGCUCAUCAAAGACGGUCCGUGCUAUGAAUUGGCCGAAGUUAUGGCCGACAGUGCCGGCGGCCAGGAUUGUAAAGAGCGACGACUGGCCGCUGGCGAAUACCCGGUGGCCUUGCAGUUGUUGUGGCCAAAGGCGUCGGCCGCUGACUAUAAGUUUUGUUUGCGCCGUAAAAUGCAGACAAUGAACUGGUCGUUGUCGUGGACCGAUACCAAUGAUAAGCUGAUCCGCGACUAUUUUCUACGAUUUCUCUAUCAGCCGAGGGAUAGGGAGUAUCCCGAUCUGUGCCAACUGCCCGAUCUCACCGAACAGACACUGCUCGACAAUUUGAAGGCACGUUUCGAUAAGGGCCACAUCUAUACCUACGUGGGCUCCAUAUUGAUAGCCGUUAAUCCAUUCAAAUUUUAUCCGAUCUAUAAUCCAAAAUAUGUACAGUUAUAUCAAAACCGACGUUUGGGUGAACUGCCCCCUCAUAUCUUUGCCAUCGCCGACGCCGCCUAUCAGGCAAUGCUUAAGAAACAGUCCAAUCAGUGUAUUGUCAUCAGUGGUGAAUCGGGAUCGGGAAAGACCGAGUCGACCAACUUAUUGCUCCAUCAUUUGACAGCAUUGGCCCAAAAGGGUACUCACGGAUCGGGUGUCGAACAGACCAUACUGGGCGCCGGUCCAGUACUGGAAGCCUUUGGUAACGCCAAAACCAAACACAAUAAUAAUUCAUCAAGGUUUGGCAAGUUUAUCCAGGUUAACUAUAAGGAAAAUGGCCAGGUUCACGGCGCUGUUGUACAAAAAUAUUUGUUGGAAAAAUCACGUAUUGUUAGCCAAGUAAAAAGCGAACGAAACUAUCACGUGUUUUAUUAUUUAUUGGCCGGAGCCACACAACAGGAUAAAGAGUCACUAUAUUUGGGAAAGCCAUGUGACUAUAACUACCUGAACCAAUCCAAAUGCUAUACACUGGACGGUGUGGACGAAAGCUACGAGUUCGCCCGUUUGCAGCAAUCAAUGGAAAUGGUUGGCUUCUCCCAGGAAAAACAGAACCGGUGUUUUCGUGUACUAUCAGCCGUACUAUAUUUGGGUAAUGUACAGUUUUCCAAAAAGUCGACCUACCAUUCCGAUGAAACCGUACUGAUCAGCAAUCCAGGAGUAGUGGAGAUUAUAUCCAAACUAUUACUGGUCAAAGAGGAAACCCUAUCGACAGCGUUGACCUGUAAGCGUACGAAAGCGGCCAAAGGCGAGACAUUGGUUAUCAAUUAUAAGAUGGCCGAUGCCAUUGCCGCCCGCGACGCUAUGGCCAAGUGUCUAUACGGUGCAUUGUUUGAUUGGAUAGUCAUGCAAGUAAAUCAUGCACUGUUAGCCAAAAAGGAUUUCCGCGACCAUAAAGGCCACUAUAUCGGCGUUUUGGACAUAUUCGGGUUCGAGGAUUUUGGCGACCAAAACAAUUUUGAACAAUUUUGUAUUAACUAUGCCAACGAGCACCUACAGUUUUAUUUCAAUCAACAUGUAUUCAAAUACGAACAGGAAGAGUAUAUACGCGAAUCGAUUAACUGGCGUAACAUCGACUUCAUCGACAAUAUUGACUGUCUGAACCUAAUCGAGGGCCGACCCCAUGGCCUACUCUAUCUGCUCGACGAUCAGUGCAAUUUUCCCGGUGCCAACAACGAGACUGUGCUCCAAAAGUUUGUCAAUCAUCAUAAAAACAAUGCCCUAUUCGAAGUACCGCCGUGUAGGCCGGCCCCGGCAUUCAUGAUCAAACACUAUGCCGGUAAAGUCAAGUAUCAGAUUCGGGAUUUUCGCGAAAAAAAUAUGGAUCUAAUGCGACCCGAUAUUGUGUCGGUACUCAAAGUUUCGCAGAUGGCGUUUGUCCGCGAACUGGUCGGUGCCGACCCGUUGGCCAUAUUUAGGUGGCAAAUAUUGAAAGCGUUUUUUAGGGCCUAUUUUAUUUUCAGCAAACUUCGUGAAAUGUCCAAAAUGAAACGUGGGCUUAACGAUAAUUUCAUAAUAAGUGAGAUCAAUACUCGUAAGACUACUCGUACCUCAUUUGAUGCCAAAAAGCAACUUUUGAAACACAAAGCCAUAGCCCAACAAAAACUGCAAAACAAGUCGAAAGGUAUUGAAAAGUCUAUCCGGAAUCUGAAAACAUUGAAACAACUGAUGGCACCGCCAAUCGGUAGUUCUUCGUCGGCCACGAGUGGCGGAGGCGGCGGUAUCACCAGUGGUGGUCACAUACCAGCAUAUCAUACAAAAUCACAUUCGGAUCGUACAUUGCCGCGCACCGGCCGUAAACAGACGCCAACUGUUACCCAUCAGUUUCAUCACAGUCUUCAACAAUUGAUGGACGCCCUAAAUCUGGCCAAUCCGUUUUUUGUACGCUGUAUUAAAUCCAACGGUGACAAAAUAGCCAACCAUUUUGAUGACGUACUAGUACUACUACAGCUCCGGUAUACCGGUAUGCUCGAGACGGUCCGUAUCCGACAGUCCGGCUACAGUGUCCGAUUGAGUUACGACGAGUUUAUUCAACAUUAUCGUAUACUACUGGCCAAAGGCUUACUGUCCAGUCAAUCGGAUGUCAAACAUUUUCUGUCCUUAAUGUCACUAAAUCGGGACAACUAUCAAAUAGGAAAGUCCAAAAUAUUUAUGAGAGAGAGCGAGAAACUCAUAUUAGAUGAAAGACUUCAUCAGGAAAUACUCAGACGUAUCAUAACAUUGCAGAGAUGGGUGCGCACAUGGAUAUUGAGGCGACGGUUCAAAGAGAUGCGCGACGCGGCCAUUAUCAUACAGUGUCACACCAGACGCUGGAUGGCACAGCAGCGGCUCAGUCGACUCAAACAGAUUGCCGCCAUCGAGAACUGGGCGGCCAAUUGUAUACAGAAAAAUUGGCGAUCUUUCCAACAGAAACAAUGGUUUGAAAAGCUUCGGCGAUCGACAAUCCUAUUCCAGUCCCACUGUCGAGGAUUUCUAUUGCGCGGCAAAGUGUUGUCCCAAAAGAUGACACAAUCCCAGCAAUUAUUGCAACAACAAUCGCGACAACAGUCCCGGUCGAGCAUUGGUACGCCAUCGUCGGUGCCGUCUUCGCCCAGUGUCGGUGAUAGCGGCAAAACAAUGUUUAGUAGCGGCGGCGUUGGUGGCGGUUGUCACGAGUCGUCUCGUAAAUCAUCGCAGAUACCCAUCGACUCCCAGUCCUCACAUUCGGACGAAGCCUUCCUAUCGAAGGGUUCGUCACAGGAAGAGCUGCUCGAUUCCAUACCUAUCCGUCCAUCUGUUCAUCUCUAUCAGCAAAUGUACCAAAAACUCGAUCAACAGUCCCAACAACAACAACAACAGUUGACAUCGUCGACCACAACGCCUGAACCCAACCUUAGUUCUACUGAACAGUUAGCCACCGGUAUUGCCGGCCGUGGAAUUACCACAAAAGAGGCGCUUGAAGACAUCGAGUCCGGUAUACACGACUCGGAGGACAUUGACUCUGACACUGAACCACAACCGCCAACUUCGGCGGCUACAACACCCGCACCGGUAUUGCCGCCGAAAAAACGACUGUCAACUGAUCGACCGUUGAAAACGUACGACUUUGACGACGAAUACUACGACGACGACGACAACGAUAUGUCGCCCGAAUACGAGGAUGAUUUGGAGGACACGACACGACUGGACAGACGGCGCAAUCGUGUUGUUCGUAAACUGUCGCUUCGCAAGUCUAAGUCAAACAAAGUGAUUAUGUCUGAUAUGGUCUCAUCCUCCUCCAGUCUGGCGACGGGAGGACAACACGAGUUAGGUACUGGUGUAGGCAGUAGUAGUAGUAUCAGCGGUGGGGGUACUAGUGGUGGUGGUGGUGGCAGCGGUUUGGGAUCGCCAAUGGGCGUCAAAUUUGAAUCGUCGUCCAACAACAGCGCCGCUGCUGUCACUUUCCGUGAUCACAGACCAGUGGCCAAAAUUGCCAGCGAUUCGUCGGCACUAAUAUACCAACAAAAACAACGACAACAACAACAAAACCAAUUUGUUGAACCUCUGGAGUCGUCCUCGUCGUUGACCAAUGUAAUCGUCAAAGAGGCCAAAGUGUCGAAGACUGGACUCGCAUCACAUCAACAACAAUCACAGCAAUCUCUUCUACAACAACAACAAAGUCAUGGAAAGACCACAUCUGUCAGCAGCGACAGCAGUGGCGGUGCUUUGCAAAAGGCAAAGAAGACAUUGAAAACAAUUAUAGGCAAAAGUUCAGAUAAGUCGUCGAAAGUUAGCUCAAAGCCGACGCCGGCAAUGAUGGCCGCAAUGAAGCCUCUGUGUUACGACUCGGGACCCGAAGAGGUAUCCCUGUUGUGCUCGUCUAGUCAUAGGUCGGCCGUAAUAAAGCGGCCGUCCAAGUCAUAUGAGUCUCAAUCAUCAUCGGGAGGGCCACCAUUGCCGGCUCCAGUUGGCUCUGGACGUGAUUUUUCACUAAUGAACGGCCAUUCGGUUCGACCGCAACUACAUUUCCGUUCAGGCGAACUGUGCGCCGUAUGCGAGAACCCGAUGCACACCAAAGGCCAACCGCACACCACCACAACCAACAACAAUGUCGGCGUCAAGUGUGAAGAAUGUAAACUACUGUUUCACAACAAGUGUGUCCACUCGUGCCAUCAGAUACCGUGCCGGUCGUCAUCGUCGACACCGUCUAACUCAUCCAACAGUACUUCAUCGAUACUGUUGGCGCCAAUCAAUGUCAAUACAAACCCGAAUCCGUCGCGUCCGCCGCGAUCUAAGCACCGAAAGGGCGGCAAAAAUUGGAAAAACAGUUCGGCAAAAGAAAACACAAGUAGUGCUGCAAAUACCGGUGUCGGUGGUGGUGGUGGCCAGCGAUCGCAGUCGGCGCGCGACAGUCAGGCCAGCAGUUGGAGCUCAGGUUCGGGCGGCUGGUCAGUGACUCGUACGGCCGAAUUUGUCGAUCCGAAAGACAUACUGAUUACCGAUUGCGACGAACUGUUGGCAAUGGACAACUUUAUACUGACCAAAGUCUACGAAAUGGACGAAUAUAUGCGCCGAUCGCGGGUCAAGGAGUCCACAGUGGAUGUGGUCUUCAAAUUGGCACUCAAAGAGUUUCGAUCGAACCUAAUAUCACACUAUUCGGUGGCCGCUAUGGACGGCCAUCUGAGACUUACCUACAAGAACCUCAUCGAUCACUUUGAACAGGUAAUACUCAACAUCUGCCAAAAAGAGAACACCUGGAAGUCAUUUCCAGUGAUAAUGGGUGUCAACGCAUUUCGCGGAUAUUUGGAUCAAUUGCGACAAAAACAGAGCGAAUGGCAACGGGAGAAGCAUUCGAUGGAAAAGUCAAAAUCGGAUACAUUUGUCACACAACUGGUCAACAGUGGCAGUGGUGCCGGUGGUGGUGGCGAUACCAAAUUGAUAGCUCACUCAGUACUUGAAGCGCCAGCCUCGACAAAAGUAUCGAAAUCGAAACGCAAACGUCAUAAAAAAUCUCGGAAAAGUGGUCACUCGCCCGAAACGGAAGUAUUCGAGAUGUGUGGCCAUCAUUUUAUGCUAUCGAUGGCCAACAUUCCUACUGUUUGCGAAGUUUGUUCAUCGCUGAUGUGGUUAAUGGAAAAAAUAUGGGUUUGUUCACUGUGUAAGAUGGCCUGUCAUAAAAAGUGUGCCACCAAACUGUCAACUACUUGCCGUAUACACGAAAUGAGUCGCGCGGCCCGCGAUGGCGGACGCGGCCAAAAAGGUGGUCGACCGCAAAUUUUCGGUGCCCGCCUACAAGAUCUGGUCACUGACGAGUGCCGUAUACCGCCAAUAUUGGAACAUUUGAUUACCAAUAUUGAACUGAAAGGACUCUAUACGGAAGGACUGUAUCGUAAGUCGGGCACAACGUCGAAGAUUAAUGAACUCAAAAGGGAACUGGAGCUCAGGGGCUCAGAAGUCGAUCUGGAUUCGUAUGCCAUACACGUGUUGACGGCCGCUUUGAAAUCGUUUUUCCGUGAAAUGGCCGAACCGUUGAUGACCUACGAACUGUACGAUGAUUUUCUAUGGACUACAGCCAUCACUGACCAUCAGGAAAAAGUUCAAUCCAUAUACUCUAGUAUUGGCAAAUUGCCCAGGGCCAAUUAUGAUGUACUCGAACGGCUGGUAUUUCAUUUGGCACGUGUAGCCCAACAAGAGUCGGCCAACCGGAUGACUGCCAACUCGUUGGCCAUUGUUUUCGCUCCGUGUAUACUGAGGACAGACAAAGUUAUGCAAAUGCAGGACAAGCUUAUGGAUAUCAGCAAACAGACUGUUUGUAUUGAAUGCAUAAUAAGUACCCGAAUGUUACAAAUUGCCGACACGUUGGCCGACAUCGAUAUAUUGGACACCGCAUGCCAUACGGCAUCGUCAAGACUGUCCUCACUUAGACUAUCAAAGUUACAUUUGAACCGUGAUAUGGGACAGCCGUCCAGCACUGGUAUGUCAGUGCAUCACAGACAUGAUGACGAUGACGAUGAAGAGGAGGAGGCGAUACUCACACAACAGAUACAUCAUCUGAUUACUGAAAAGAAUCAUUUGACUGAAAUCUUACCGUCGUUUCUAAUGGCAAACAAUGGUUCCGAUGAUGAGAUGCUGUCGUCGGUUACCGAUUUGGCCGGCGAUCCGAUGACCGCACACAACACAGCAGUCAACGCACAGUUUCAACAACAGCAGCACAACAUUGGCGACGAAGUCAACAAUUUUAUAUUACAAUCGCAUAACAAUCGCAAAUCUGCGCCUGAAUUUACCGGUCUGCAAUCGAGUUGCGGACUAUUUAUGAGGUCAGGCGACGAACCACUGAAUCAUUUAACAAAAAAUCGUGUUUCAGCUCCGAAUCGUCGAAAACCUUCCCGUUUUGAGGGGGCGUCGGCCACACAAAAAGCCGCCGAUAACACAUCGGAUACCACUAACGGUUGCCAACAACAGAGGACAGGUGGAGGUGGAGGAGGCGGAGAUCGUCGUCAGUCAGACGAUGAAUAUCUCAAACAAUACUUAGAUAACGACAAACCAGUUAUGGUUUGAUUUAUUAAAUGACUUAUUGAUUGUUUUAUCGAUUUUAUGUUUAUAUAUUAAACAUCCAUUUUUAACUGAUAUAUAUUGAUAUUUACAAUAUAUUUAUAUUAU